GGCUGUGACGUCAUUGUUGUCACGCGUUGCUAAGGAAGUGGCAGAGUUAGCUUUGUUCUAUAAAUCCGCUAUUUGGCCUCAACUUUUGCUCAAAGUUCCAGGUGAUGAGAAAUCUCUCUGAAAUCAAAAGGCAUCAAACAUGACAAGAGGAUGAGUGAAAAUGGAGAGGUCAAAGAUCUCCAAUGGUGUGGCGACUCUGUGCAACGACGAGAUGCAGCAGCUGUCAAAUGCAGCGAGCCUCUUAAGACCCCCUUAGAUGUCACCUCGCUCCAAAAGCACUGCAGUGAUGUCAAACUACCAGCAAAAAACACAGAAGGGAUCAGUCCGUACCAGCCUAGGCCUCCCUCUUUACCCAGACAGUUUAAGACUGGCAAGAGUAGUUCUGUAGAUCAGUCUGUGAGGACCAGAAGAAUCAGGAACAGCCAGGAGAGUUUGAGUGACCGAGCCGAGACGUGUUCCUCCCCAGAUUCAUUGAAAGAUGACCAAAGACUGCAUGCGUCAACUGGAUUUCUGACUGAAGCUGCCUCACAUGAGCAGGAGUUAGAAGAAACAGAGUCCCCAGUAUUUAGACAAAGAGGAAGCAGUUUGUCUGAGUAUGAAAAAAGACCUCAAAGCCAGCAGAGUGACCCCACAGAACUCCGAACUAGAGUGUCCAAAUUGCGCUUGUCCCCUGUGCAGCCCACUGGACCUCUUCCCAGUCUGGAGAAAAACAUUGCGUCAGUCGCUUUACGGGCAGCUAAUAGGAUUGACAGGGAUUGCUUGGAUUACAUGGGGCAGGGCAAAUGUAAUGAGAGACUGCACCGGAACCUGAGUGAUAGCCGGCUUCUGGAGAAUAUGGGAUCGGACAGUGCCUCCGUCAGCUCAAUGAGAUCUAACUACAGUGUGCUGAGCCCCAUCAAGCCAAAGGACGUGAGGAACAGAAGCUUUUUGGAGGGUAGUGUGCUUGGAAAUGGUGCCCUUCUUGGAGCAGAGGAGCUAGAACGCUACUUUCCUGAAAGGAGACUAGGUAUAUAUAUUUCCACGUGGAACAUGCAGGGAGAAAAGGGGCUGCCAGUCAACUUGGACGAUCUCCUUCUUCCAACAGAUUCACAAUUUGUGCAGGACCUUUAUGUUAUUGGGGUUCAGGAGGGCUGUCCCGACAGGAGGGAAUGGGAGACCCGCCUUCAGGAAACUCUAGGGCCUUACUAUGUCAUGUUGUACGCAGCAGCUCAUGGUGUUUUAUAUCUUAGCAUCUUUGUCCGAAGAGACCUCAUAUGGUUUUGCUCAGAAGUGGAACAUGCCACAGUCACAACCAGAAUCAUCUCUCAAAUUAAGACAAAAGGAGCCGUUGGAGUCGGCUUUACCUUUUUUGGGACUUCUUUCUUGUUUAUAACAUCACAUUUUACGUCUGGGGAUUCCAAAGUCUAUGAGAGAAUUCUAGACUACAACAAAAUCAUUGAAGCUUUAGCUCUACCAAAAGGUCUUCCAGAUACCAACCCUUACCGCUCCACGCCAUCUGAUGUCACUACAAGAUUCGAUCAGGUAUUUUGGUUCGGAGACUUUAACUUCCGGCUUAGUAAAAAUAGAGAGGAAGUUCAAGACAUUAUAAAUCGAACUACAGGCAAAGACAUGGGAUCUCUCCUGGAGCAUGACCAACUCUCCAAGGAAAUAAAGGACGGUUCAAUAUUCAAAGGCUUUCAAGAGGCUCCAAUACACUUUCUACCGACAUAUAAGUUUGAUAUAGGUUGUGAUACCUAUGACACAUCUUCCAAACUGAGAACACCAUCAUACACAGACAGAAUCCUCUUCAGGAGCAGACAGUCUCAUGACAUUCGAGUGAUCAAAUACACCAGUUGCACCAACAUCAAGACCUCAGACCACCGGCCCGUCAUCGGAGUCUUCCAGGCCAAGUUGAGGCCAGGCAGGGACAAUAUCCCUCUAGGAGCAGGACUGUUCGACCGCAGCCUUUACUUGGAGGGCAUCCGGAGAAGAAUAACGAGAGAGCUGAAGAGGAGGGAAGUCAUGAAGAACCAAAGCAGUUCAAUCUGCAGCAUCUCUUGA